AUGUCUGCCGUUUUCAACAACGCUACCCUUUCAGGUCUAGUGCAAGCAAGCACCUACUCACAAACUUUGCAAAAUGUCGCCCAUUACCAACCUCAAUUGAAUUUCAUGGAAAAAUACUGGGCUGCAUGGUACAGUUACAUGAACAAUGAUGUUUUGGCCACAGGUCUAAUGUUCUUUUUAUUGCAUGAAUUUAUGUACUUCUUUAGAUGUUUGCCAUGGUUCAUCAUCGACCAAAUUCCAUACUUUAGAAGAUGGAAGUUACAACCAACUAAGAUUCCAAGUGCUAAGGAACAACUAUACUGUUUGAAAUCCGUUCUUCUCUCUCAUUUCUUGGUCGAGGCCAUUCCAAUCUGGACCUUCCACCCAAUGUGUGAAAAAUUAGGUAUUACCGUCGAAGUUCCAUUCCCAUCUAUCAAAACGAUGGCUCUAGAAAUUGGUCUAUUCUUCGUCUUAGAAGAUACAUGGCAUUACUGGGCUCACCGUCUAUUCCACUACGGUGUCUUCUACAAGUACAUUCAUAAGCAACAUCACAGAUACGCUGCUCCAUUCGGUCUUUCCGCUGAAUACGCUCACCCUGCUGAAACUUUGUCUCUAGGUUUUGGUACCGUUGGUAUGCCAAUUCUUUACGUCAUGUACACCGGUAAGUUACAUUUGUUCACUCUAUGUCUAUGGAUCACCCUAAGAUUAUUCCAAGCUGUUGACUCCCAUUCUGGUUACGAUUUCCCAUGGUCUUUGAACAAGAUCAUGCCAUUCUGGGCCGGUGCCGAACACCACGAUUUGCAUCAUCACUACUUCAUUGGUAACUACGCUUCUUCUUUCAGAUGGUGGGAUUACUGUCUAGACACCGAAUCCGGUCCAGAAGCUAAAGCUUCCAGAGAAGAAAGAAUGAAGAAGAGAGCUGAAAACAAUGCUCAAAAGAAGACUAACUAA